UGUUGUUGGGCGGGCUUUUUUUGUGUUUGUGUGGACUUCUAACCACGCUUAGAGUCCUGCCCGUGUCCAGUUCAUCGGUGACUAGCGAGAGGCAAGGACUCGCGUACAUUCGUGCCCAGUAAUAGACAGGCGGACGGUUUUGGGACGAGCAUGACGCAGUAGCAAUUAUUGGUGGUUGAACAAAAACCAAAGCUUCCUCUCUUGGACAAUGUGCGGAUAAAGCUGGUAAUGUUCUGCGGAAGGAUAUCAUAAUGGGAUGUGGACCAUCGAAUGCUGCAGUGCCGGUGGCGGGCGAAGGUGUUUCGACCAUCUCCAAACUCGUCUAUCCACGACCCGAAGCAUUUGAAAUUCCUCUCGGCGAUACAGAAACCCCCGAGAGCCUUAUCAGAAAACACCCACCACGUCGCCUGAAACGACUCGAGGAGCAAUCGAGCUCGACACCAAGCAUGGAGGAGUUGGAGGAAAAGCUAGCCACCGCCGAAACACGAAGACAACAGUUCCUAGCAAAUCGCUCCCAGAAAACAACGUUCGACAAAGCCAGCCUGGACGCGACGGAAAACGAUGCCAGCACGAUACCGGAGGAAGGUGAAGAUGACCGAUCGGCGGACGGUACCCGGCCGCCGGACCACGAUGGCGAUGAUUCGGGUUUGGAACGGUCCGCACCACCGGACGGCGAUGGGCGACGUCCGUCAGCGUCCGGCACGGAGGAAGACGAGCAGGAGCAGCAUGAUCGGCGACGGCGCGGAUCGGAUCUCAGCAUCGGACACCUCACCAGCAUGCGCCUGAAGAUGAAUCAGUACAGGAAAAAGUCUCACCACUAACACGUACAGCGGGGUGGGUUGGUUUUUUAUUAAACAUACAUUUAUUAAGUUUUCAGUUUCUGGUUUCUUUAAUAUAGGUUCCGUUUGCUUGUUUGUUUGUUUGUUUGGUUUUGGUAUUGGUUUGUCUGUUUGUGUGUAUUCUCUUCUUUGCAUUCUCACUUCACUUCCGUGCCCUUGUUCUUAUUGCGCUCGCUAUAUGUUUUGUGUGUUUGUGUGUGUAUAUAUAUAAUUAUAUAGAGUGUUUGCUGUCUCUUUUUUCCCCUUUUGCAAACUAUUUGUUUUUGUUGUUGUCUGCUGUGGUUGCUGUGGUUGUUAGGUUUUCUGUUUACAACGUGUUCUUCCCGCCUCACGCCACAAUCUAACAUCGAAUUCUCACCCUUUAGUUAUGCUUCUAGCGCAUUUAUCUGUUUGUUUGUUUGUUUUUGCUUUGUUACUUUAAUUUUAAUCCAUGUGCCUGCCUUUCGUUUCACGCUGCUUCAAUCGUUCGCCCAACCUCUUUGGCUCAUUGCUUCACACGUUAUCGAGAGAAAAAUCGUACAUUCUGCUUCUUCCUCCAUCGACGCAUCGUUUCAUCUCGUGUUUUUUUUUAGUAUUUUUUCCCUUUUGUUUGUUUGCUUUUACUUAAUAAUUCAUUUAUAUUUAGUUACUUUAUAUUAAAUAUACUUUUUGGCAUACCCGUAUAAUACUUUUAUAAAAUAAACACCUCGUUAAUCUAGAUGUGUGAGUUUCGUGACUUUGAAUCCUCGAGCAUUAUUAAACAAUCCCAUCGUGUUUAGGAGUUUGUGUGUGUGAGGGAGCGAGAGUGAGGGAGGGCGAGAGUGUUUUGCUUUUUUUUUCUUCGUUUUUUUCUGUUUUGUUUUCCUGCCACCACUUUCGUUCAUUCAUGCGUGUGCCUCAGUUUCAUCCGUUUAAUCCUUCUUUCAAUGAUGCUCACCUGCACUCUUGCUUUUGUAGCAUCAUUCAGUUUACUUUCAACUUUCAUCCUUUAUCAUGAUUUAACCAUUCUGUUCGAUUCCUUGCUGAACAAUAGUCAAGUUCUUCUUUGUUCCGAACUUUCCCUUUCCGUCUCACUCUGCUAUUACCACUCGCAUACCGUUUCGUAGUGUUGUUCAGACACUUCACCUUUAUGUUGUGCGUUUAUGAUCCAGUUGGUUUAUCAUUUUAUUACAAAAAAACUACACAUCCUCUACUGCAUUGCACUAGCAUUGCGCGCGUGUGUGUGCAGUUUCUACGUAGGAAAAGGGGGUGGAAAAACGUGAUGGUACAGUAAGUUUCGGCGGUUUUAUUUCCUUCGUUGAAGGGUGAGUUGGUGUAUGUUGAUCCGCUCUCAUCCUGCCGAGCAAAACGAAGACGGGAAUAGGCAGGCGAGCGUAAAAUGGGUCGUUUAUCAUUUGAUUCUAUUGUGACAUCCACUUAGCUUAUGUAUGAUUAGUAACUAUGCAUCUUACUUGCAUCCUGGCCGUUUGGUACGAUUCCAUCGUGCUGUUUGUUCUCUUCGCUCCUGUUGGCCUUUGAUUCUUUACUCCUCGCUCGCUUCUUGACUACCGGUGUUGUGGAAAAAGUGCUGCAAAUUGUGUUUUUUUGUUGUUGCUUUGUUUGUACUCUUAACAAAUCUUUCGAACCGAACCUGGAAACAGAUUCGUAAUGUGUUUGCCAUCCAUCGCCUUCCCUGUCGUUCCCUGCUCUUGCUCAUUUUGCUUGAAGUUUGUUUUAAUAGGACGAAGCGUUACAAAACCUCACACGGCAGAAGGUGGAGCAGACGGGUCAGAAGCGAUUUCAGAUAAAAAGUUUUUGAAGCAGUGUUAGGCGUGAAAGAAAGGAAUAACCAGCAGCAAUAAGAGUGAAAAGCUGGCACGGAAAAUCGACGUCUUCUGAAACCUAUUGGAUUUGCUGUUUGUUUGUUGCUAGCAUACGUUCGAUACGAAUAAGAAUAUAUCCCUGCUAUAAUGCGCCGCUCCUAACGGAAGGAGACUCAAAUGCGGUACGGUACAGUGUGUUACCCUCAAUUCGCGUUAUUACCAAACGGCUCAAUAAAGAGACACGAUACGGAUACGAAAAAACUGUGCGCAAAUUUAUGGAUGUAGACUUUAAAAUCUAUAACACCGUAUAAUUUGUAAUUUCUUUCUUUUUCCCAUAAUCAUUCCAUUGAUUGCUUUUGUUUGUUUGUUUGUUUGUUUGUUUGUGUGCUAGGAAAACUUAUCGGCCUUAUGAAAUAUUAUUUUUUGUUGCUUCUUUUCCCCAUUUUGGGCUAUGAAUAGUAAACUUCAGUUCACAGUAGUACACAACACAUUAACUCAUCGACAAGAAGCACGUGCCUUACUGGUUGCCCGUUUCGUAGCCGUUGUUUAAAAACUAUACCCUUUGACUUCUUGUCUUUGUAUUCACACAUUGCUCUCGUUCAUUUUGCAUUUUAAAUACAUUGCAAGUCGUUAUCGAUUUUUUAUACCAAUAAAAAAACUAACUAACUAUGAAAAACUAAACACGCUACACGCGUGAUUUUCGCGACCCUGAAUCUAUGUACUGUUAGGCCCACCAUUAACCAUCGUGUAAUCUACGUUGCACGGGGAAAGGAAAUUGCUCUACAUGACGCCAACAAAAAAACAAUAGCUCAAGGAAAAAUAGGUUUUUAUCACACAAAUGUAAAAAAAAGUUCUAAUUAUUCAAUUCGGGUUCCUUAUCACCCGCUGUAACAAAUAAGUGCAACAACUAAUCGCCUGUUUUCAUUUUCAUUUUCAUAUAACUUCGUAUUUUUUUGUUUUCAUCCUUAUCUCACACCUGUUUAGCCCCUGUUAGUAGCUUGCUCUUACAGUCUAAGUUUGAUUUGUUUGCCGUGUUCGGAUUCAAAUUCCUUGCGUUGCUAUUCGCGCCUCAACGAUGCCUCCGUUACGCUACUUUACACAUCGAAUUU